GUUUCCGAAUAUUUAUACAAAAUAAUACUAAUAGGAAUAAACAGUCUGUUUACUUUAUUUAGCAUUUAUACCUAAUGUUCAAUCUGAAAUAAGAGCAUAUAUAAACAAAGUUAAUUUCUAAUUUCGAAAAAGAAAAAAAAUAGAAAAAGAGUGAAGAGAUCAAGAGAAUGAGGGAAAAAGUUAGUUUAAAACGAGCAAAGAAAAAGGAGAGGAAGUGGUCGCCCUGUUUCCAUUAAAACUAAUUUACUAGGAUUUCAACAGGUCUUGAGCUUAUUUGAUCUUUUUAUUUCAUUUCAAUGUAGUUCCGCCAAACCCAAACAAACACACACAAAAAAAAAAAAAAACAGUUGGUUUUUGUUAGAUUGCUUUCAGGACACAAUCAAAUUGGAUGAAUCGCAGCAGAUGAUGGUUUAUUGUUGCUCUCAGAGUCUGAGAGAUGGGAUUCACGCUUGUCUUCGCGAUUAUGAUAGGCUUCAGUAUUUGGCAGUCAUCCUCAUUUACAUCCAAAUUGGAUGCGCCUUGAUCGGAUCCCUGGGCGCAUUAUACAAUGGUGUGUUGCUGAUCAAUUUGGGCAUAGCGUUGUUCGCUUUGGUGGCCAUCGAGAGCAGCAGUCAGAGCUUAGGCCGAACCUACGCGGUUUUGCUCGUCUGCGCCAUUCUGCUCGACAUUUCGUGGCUCAUCCUCUUUUCCCACGAUAUUUGGAACAUGUCGAGCGAGAGCGAGCGGGAGAGUCGCGGAAUGUUGUUCAUCUUCUCUGUCAGACUAACGCUUGUGAUGGAGAUCAUGGGGUUUUGUGUGAGGUUCUGGUCGUCGCUGUUGUGGAUUCAAAUUUAUAGGCUGGGAGUUUCUUAUGUAGACUGUCCUACCGCUCCGCGAGACCCUGAUUUUGAUUUGAGAAAUAGUUUUCUGAGCCCUGCAACUCCUUCCAAUUCCAUACUUAGACAAUGCUCUCACAAUGACUCUGAUGACGCUUUGGGAGGCGCCAUCUAUGAUCCCGCUUAUUACACUUCUCUCUUUGAAGGCCGUCAGCAACACAACAGAAACUCUUUUCUGGGUCAUAAUGAUGGUAUCGGUGGAAAUGUAUCUGCUUCUGGUGCUGAAGUUUCUCGGCUAAAGCCACAGCCUGUCAGGACUCUUCGGGCUAUUGAUGUAAGCAUCUGUCUGUUCUUUUCCCUUAGACUGUCCACUGACAUUCUCAUUCAUCAGAGCUAUGCUUUACAGCUCUUUUAGCAGCGUCAUAAACUUCCUUCUGCAAUAGGUUUAGUAGCUCUUCUAGAUAGCUCAAUUGAGAGAUAUGUCCCUCUCUAAUUUCUAUUUAGAUUUAAAUUUUGAUGGUAAUACUAUCUGGGAGUCAUUUAAUUGUUUGAGAGUAUUAUAUAGUCUUUUUUCUGCAAGGGCUAUUUAUGUCCAUUCUUGUUGACGGAGUGUCCUAAAGUUGAAUAUUGACUUGCUAUAGGGAAGCUUUCUGCUUAUUUGGCUUGAUUGUUGAAUGUUACUGGCAUUAUCUUUCUUGAUUGUCAGUUUGAAAAAAGAAUUAGAUUUUAUUUACUGCAACAAUGUAAAAAAGAAAAUAAAUUACAGAUUCUGGCUAAUUUCUGAUAGGAAUUAACUGGUUGCUGCUAUUUAUCAAAGAAAAGUAUUUUUGGCCAGAUCCUUUAAAAGUUUUGAAUGUUAGUAUUACUCUGAUUUUCUUCUGAGUACCAUCAACAUCAAGUUAGUCUGGUGAUGCUGGUGGUGUGUGCUUCACCAUUCCUCUAAGCAGAUGGUUUCUUUUAUCCUCUCCGAAUGGUUUAUUGGUGCACUUCCUAAUCCUUGUAUGAUGACACUGUUUGGAAAUUGCAGUGCUUGUUUCUUUAAAUUAUCUUUUAAACAUUAUGUGCUAUCAUAAUUACAUUGUAACAUAGUACAAAGUGUUAAAUUUGUUGCCUGUUUUACUGUUUGUUAGGAUAGUGAUUUGAAUAAGGUUUCUGAAGAUUUUUUUUUUUUUUUAAUCUGAGUUCUUAAAGCAACAGAGAAUGUUGAAUGGAGAAAAGGAGGAGAAGAAAUUUCCUUCUAUGGCUUCUUAAGAGUCACUUCGAAGGCUGAUUGCCUUUUUGGAUAAUAAGAGCAGUAAUGCUGAACGUUUUCUGAAUAAUUUUAUAUUAAAACCACAUUUAUUAAAAUAUAAAUUACGAACUUAUGAGCUAAGCCUUAAACCUUAAAUGCAAAUUCCAAAUAUAACCCCGAAGCCUAAUUUUUGAAAGAUAAGCAACAUGUUGACUUCUAUAAAAUAGCUUUAAUAAUACAAAAAUCUAAAACAAUAUGAAAAAUUAAUUAAGGUCAUAAAAUACAUCAAUAACACCAAAUAAAAUCUCUAAAUAGUUAAAUCUUUCAAAGUAGCUUCUUUCCACCUUGCAUCUUUGUGACUGAUGUAGGAUAGCUAGGUGAUAAAUGGAAAAUUUUUUGUUCAGAGUUCUUGAGAUAAUAGAGAAAACUUAAUAAAAGAAAAAGGAGAAAUAUACCCUUUGUUCUCCCAUUGUAUGGAUGUCUGUUUUCCCUCUUAAGUCCCUUCAAUGCUGUCGCAUUGUUGCCCCUUUCGCUAUGGUCCUACCGUUUUAUUCAGGCCUUUCCUUAUGAACCGAUGGUUUCAUUAUUUGAGUGCUCCUUGAGUUCAAUGUUUUCAAGUGUGAAAGCACCUAACUAUACCUACACCAUGCACUCUGCUGGUAAGCGUCCUGGCAUGAAACCUCAUUUGGAAGCAGAUUUGCGCCAAUUUAGCAAGAGAUUUCAGCUCUACUUUCAUGGCUCCAUUGUUUGUCGAGAUCCCUUGAGUGCUAUUAAAUGGCACACAUGCUAAGCUUUUCUUUUGAAUGAGGAAAUAGUUAAUUGCCUCGUGGAAAGUCUUCACUAAGCAUCACAUUUGGGGUUUCUAAGGAAUCACACCAAGGUUGAUUGCAUCACACACCAUGGUGGGAAUUUUUUAUAAUACUUCUAUAUUAGACCUAUGCUAUUGAAAAUGAAAUUACAUAGUUGUUAUAAGCUAAGCCCUAAAUCCUAGUAAAUACAUGAUAACAAAUAGAUAAUAGAAUCCUAAUGCUUGGAAAAUAAGCAAAACAGUAAUUAAUAUAAAACUUAGCUUAAACAAUAAAAAAUUCUAAAUUAUGUAUAAAAUUACAAUUACAUUCAAUACAACACAGUAACAAAACAAAAUCUUCUAUAGUUUAAUCCCUCAAUUAGCUUAUUUCUAUUCUGCAUCAACAGAAACUAAUAAAUAAAUAAAUGAAAAUCCAAUGCUUAGUACCAGUCACAAAUGUAUCUCCAUUCAUUUCAAGGUUGAAAAAUAUUAGUAGAUAGAUUGAUAAAUUUAUAUAAGUGAUCUAUGCAAAUUAUGCAGCUGUAACUGUUGAAAAAACAGUGGUUUUAUAAGUUUGGAAGGCAGUGCUGUAAUUGCAUGGUUUCUGCAUUGCUGUUGCUGCUUUUGUUGUCUGUUUUAACAUGGAUUUGGCAACACUGUUUGUGGUCCCCUUUGCCAUGUUCAAUUUAAUCUGUUUAUUGCUUUGGUGAUCCAUAAAGCUAUUUCUUCAUCUACUUGCAUCUGCAAGCUGUUAACUGAUGGGUUGUUCGUAGCAUAGUUCAUUUAUUAAACUUUUGAUGCUUAGCACAAUACACUAUUGUGGCUUUUUUAAAUGCUUGAACAUUGAAUAAGGGUAUUCAGUAAGAAUUUUGAAUCAUGUGGGUUUGCUCUGCUAAUUAUUGGUUUCAAUAUUUUCUUUUUGCUGGUCUAUCACUUUGGUUGGUGCCUUUACCUAAACUCAACCA